CGGGAGGCGUAGCUCUCAACAAACAAGAGUGUAGCGAGGGGGAGAAAAACACUCUGAUCUUUAUCUUUAGACAUUUUGUUGGUUUUGAGGCACUUUAGAAAAUGUGUCAGUGCCAGCAGAGUGGGGGCUUAUAGCUCUCCAGCAGAUUCAUGGGUAAUGAUGACACCAAACAUUGCCACCUCUGUGCCUGUUGUUAAAUGUUAUGUGUGUGCUUUCUUGUUUUUUUUGAAAAGAAAGCGUUAACGUAGCCGGUAAGGAAUAGCCGUGGGGUGAAACCGGAGACCUCUCUCCCUGAGCCGCGGAGGCUUGUGGCAACCAAUUGGAGGAGUGACUUGUACCAAGUGACAGCUGGGAUCUUUGUUGGAGGAAGAGUUGUUAGCGCCGAGUGAGAUUGUCUUUUGUUUUCAUAUAUCUACAUAUACAUAUAUAUAUUACAUGCAUGUGUCUGUUUAUGUAUACACUUUGAAAAAAUGGCGACAAGAGUAGGCGGAGGGUACCCCUUGAACCCAGGGAGCCCCCUGAAUCCUUCCUUGGGGGUGAUGCCAGGACAAGCGGUCAGGAUGCCACUGAACCUCCAGCAGCAAUCUCCAGUCUUCCGGACGAUGGGUCCCGGCGGCGCUUACAACCGAGGAGGGAUGCCACCAGGAGCUCGCAUGGGAAUGCCAGGAAUGCAGAUGGGCAUGCCAUCUGGCUCAUCGUUCAUGGGCAACCCUUCCAUGAGACCAGGUAUCCCUCAGCCAAUGAUGGACCCGUUCCGGAAACGUCUGCUUCCACAGCAGCAGCCUCCACAGUUGAUGCAGAAUCGUGGGAGAGGUGUCAAGAGACGGAAGAUGGCUGACAAAAUUCUACCACAAAGGAUCCGAGAACUUGUCCCAGAAUCCCAAGCUUACAUGGACCUCUUAGCUUUUGAGCGCAAACUGGAUCAGACAAUAAUGAGGAAACGGCUGGAGAUUCAAGAGUCUAUGAAGAAACCCUUAAUGCAAAAGCGUAAACUAAGGAUCUACAUCUCUAACACCUUCGCUCCGGCCAAGUCGGAGGGCGAUGAAGGAGAAACUGUUGCAUCAUGGGAGCUUCGGGUAGAAGGAAAACUACUUGACGAUCCUGGAAAAGUGAAAAGGAAAUUCUCAUCCUUUUUCAAGAGUCUAGUUAUCGAAUUGGACAAAGAUCUUUAUGGACCAGACAAUCACUUAGUGGAGUGGCACCGAAUGCCCACAACUCAGGAGACAGAUGGCUUUCAGGUGAAGAGACCAGGAGAUGUGAAUGUGAAGUGUACCCUGCUAUUGAUGCUGGACCACCAGCCCCCACAGUAUAAACUGGAUGCCAGGUUGGCACGAUUGCUGGGUGUCCACACGCAGACACGGGCAAAUAUCAUGCAGGCACUGUGGCUGUACAUCAAGAAGAACAAGCUGCAGGAUAGCCAUGAAAAAGAAUACAUCAACUGCAAUCGCUACUUCAAACAGAUCUUUAACUGCAUGCGAAUGAAAUUCUCUGAAAUUCCGAUAAAGUUGGCUGGUCUCCUGCAGCACCCAGAUCCCAUCAUUAUAAAUCACAUGAUCAGUGUGGAUCCUAAUGAUCAGAAGAAAACCGCAUGUUAUGACAUUGAUGUUGAAGUUGAUGACCCUUUGAAGAGUCAGAUGAACAACUUCCUCCUUUCAACAACCAACCAGCAGGAAAUCGCAGUGUUGGAUAUUAAGAUUCAUGACACAAUUGAAUCUAUCAAUCAGUUGAAGAUCCAACGUGACUUUAUGCUGAGCUUCAGCAACCACCCACAGGAGUUCAUCCAAGACUGGAUAAAGUCACAAUGUCGAGACUACAAGAUUAUGACGGAUGUCGUUGGAAAUCCAGAAGAAGAGAGAAGGGCUGAGUUUUAUCAUGAACCAUGGACACAGGAAGGGGUUGGACGAUUCAUCUUCUCGAAGGUUCAGCAACGCAGACAAGAACUUGAACAGGUACUGGGCAUCCGUAUCACUUAGGCACAAUGAUGCCUCCCUUCCAAAGAACUGGAGCUCCAUAUUCAUGUUACUUGCACUGCUUCUUCGAUGUCAGAGAAACACGCCUGGUUGGAUUGUAAAUCACAAGCAGAGAAAUUACUCUUUGCUGGGGACAUUCUAGCCAUAUUUUUAUGAAGUCUUAAAAAAAACUGUAAAAUUUGAUAACCUAUCUGAAACAUUCCUUCUCCUUCUGCUGCACUAGUGGCUGAGAAAUACCAGCUGUAAUAGGAAAAACAUGAUCAUUUUAAAAGCCUUGCUCAACUAUUCAGGGCUGUUCACCCAAUCUUUGGUUAUGUAUAACUCCAGGAACUCAGUUUGAUUGAAGGCCUCUGGCAUGGCCCAAAUCUGCCAUUAGAUUUGCACUUAUUUUCGUGUUGGAAUGAAAAAGAUUGCACAACUGAGUGACUGCUCAGAAGUCCACAAAAUAGCCUGGUGGCCUCUUAAAGAGAAUGACAAAUUAGUGAACUUAAGAAAAGGAUCUUGAUUACCCUCUUGGAUAGUGACGGAUUAUACUCACAACAUUCUGAUAGCUGCAGUCUCACAGGAACAAAAGCCAUUUUAAUUCUUGUAAGGCAUCCUAGCACUUAAAACAGUAACCGGUUUAAUGGUACAGUUCUGCCUGCAACUUAGUGAUUGCACUAUUGGCAAAUGAAUACAUUUGCACUGGUAAAUCAAAAGCAAAGUAGUAAUCCUAGGCUACAAAAAAAAGUCAAGAGCACACUAUAUGGACCAUCAAACUUGCUGUGCCAUUCAAUACAAUAAUGGCUGGUCUUCGUUUUAAUGAUAUUUUGCCUCUUGUUUCCCAUAUUCCUCAAUUUCCUGAGCACAAACGCUCUAUUUUACUCUUUACAAAUAUUCAAUAAUGGUACAUUGACAACCUUCUGGGGUAGAGAAUUUCAAAGAUCUACAACCCUUCGAGUCAAGCUAUUUUGCAUCUCAGAUCUAAAUAGUCAGCCUCUUAUCCUGAAACCUGUGCAAUCUUGUUCUAGAUUCCUAGUGAGUUGGGAGAGGAGGGGAGGAUUUAAUUUGAGCUCCAAAUCUGUCAGACCCAUCCUGCAGUAUGUUUGCCCAUCAAAAUUUAAUUUUGCCUUGGGAGACUCUGUAGCUACCAGAGUGUGUAUGAAAUAAUUUUCAUAUUGGUUCCACUUAUUCUGGAAACAUUUCAUCUGAUCAAGCAAUGUCUUUGUCUGAUUCACCCUUUGUAAAACUUAAAUCUUCUCUUGUGCUGCAGUUUUAAUCCAUUCAGUCUCUCAAAAGGUAGGAAUUGGAACUAAAUAUCAUAAGGAGAAGUCACUGCACAGCUAGAAGGCUUAUUUCAAUCUGUAUCGAUCAAAUAUGUAUUCUCUUACAUGGAUAACUGCCCUGAUAAAUGUGCAUAUUACCCAGUUUGUCCUCGUGCAGUGACAGACUCCAGGAUACAUUACUUAUCGUAAAAUGCUUCACCCAAUUUCUAUUCAGCGGCAGAGUCUGUCUUUUCUUUUGCAUCCUGUGAACUAAUCUCCUCCAAGGACUUUUUGUCAGUGUUAAAAUAUCAUUCAUUCACAUUGCAUGAAAGUACACUUUUUAAAAAAUUCUAUCACAAUAGUUUUCAUCCAACACAAAGAAAUGAGGAAUUGUGAGAUAGUUAAUGCUGAGAAGGAAAACUUGCUUACAGUAUUUUGAAUCUUUUCCCUGUUUGUGGAUAUUGUGGGAAUCAAAAAGAAUUCUAUGGUUUGAUGCAGCAUUUUAGGAAAUCCAGAUUCAAGAUAGACUUCAGCCUUAAACAGAAUACACCAUCAGGUUUUCCAAAAAGAUAUAUAGCAAUGUUUCUGACAAAUCACUCAGCAAUCUUAAAGACAACUGCUUGGAGGAGAAUGUCUUCACAGAUUUCUACAAAAUAUUGUAGAUUUCAAAAGUCAGAGUGGAGGAUAAUAGGGAAAAGGCAUUAGUCGUUUAUAUCCUCACUUAAUUAAUUAGUUGAAAACAAAUUGUUUGUUGGGAUUCAGAUUCUUUUGAAGUUGAACCAGUGAAAUUUUUAUUCAUUUUCAAUAAUACCAAGCACCAGUGUAAAUUUGAACUUGAAACAGGCUCUCAGGACAAAGUUGAUGUAAUCAAAAGAGUUAGCAGGGGUGCAAAUGCUAUGGCAACCCAAUUGUAAUAAACAUUUAACUUGAUUUCAGGUCCGUGCAACUCAAUUUCAAAUUCGUGUCCUGUUCUGUGUUUCUAAAUAAUCAUCAUAAAGUCUGUCAAAUCUAGAGCCAUAUGGAGAAUAAUACAAUUAGGAUACAUCAACCAAAGCAUGAAUGCUAAAUAAAUGGGGGAAGAAAAAUAAUGUAAACCUGCUCAAACAAAUAAUUAGAGGAUCCUAAUAGGAACACAGAUACAGUAGGUCUAAUUCCAACUUCGAUGGAGUUUUUAAAAAUGAGAUUUUAUUAGGAUUUCCUCAAGAAAUGUAAUAUAGGAAAAUAUUUGCUUUCCUAUAGCAUUGUACAGUCACUUUUUUUUUACAUAUACAACAAUAAUUCAUUUUCAAAGUUAAGGAAAAUAAUAUCUUUAAGGGUACUUGACUGUUGAAUAUUUCAGGUACAAGUCACAUGUUUUAAUUAUAAACUGCUGAGUGCAAAUUUAAAUGUUAAAUCUGAGAUUCAGAUCUCGCAAAGCUUUAGUUUUAACUGUUUACAGAAAUGACUGCUGUGAAAGUGUGGAAUAGUUUAGAAUAGAUUUUGAAAUGUUGAAAAAUUGUUUAUGCAAGAUUGUCGUUUAAUAGGUGGCUGUGCAAGAAAGGCUUCAAAAUGUCUGUAACCAGGAGGUUAUCUCACUCACUUAAUAUUAUGAAUGAAUAGGACAAAGUUAUUAAACUGCAUAAUCAUGCCUCACAUUGUUCUUUCAGGGAUGAUAUGAACUGCAAUUGCAAUUUCCUUGUUUCGAACAAAUGUUUAAGUCAUACAGUCCAACUAGGAUGCUAGCUGAUCUAGCUUCAGUUGGUUAGCAGGUCCUUAAUGAAUCUGCUAACAUUGAGAUGGCAUUUUUAGUCAAAACUCCAUAAAUGUACGUAGAAGGUGUUUUUCCUUACAGAGUGUAGGAUUUUGAAUUUGUGGUGCAUUUUGUGAUAAUGUGGUUUGCACAUAAUGAUCUGAGAGAUGCUGUUUGCUUUUAUUUGUUAAAUUACUGCAUUUAGUUGUAUUAAAAGCAGGUCAGCAUAAUUCAGCCAUCAGUAACUUCAGUCAUACAACAUGAAUUUUAAAACUAAGACCGAUUUUCCUGAGGUUGAUUGAGUUCGGACAGCAAAAGUGGGUAGUUUUCCUUGUUCAGAGGCAACUCAAGUAGUCAUUCUCUAAAAUCAAGAUAGUCAGCGUUAGUUGCUAAGCAACCAUCAAGUCGAUCCCACCUAACACCAAACCUUCUCUCAUCUAAAAUAUACAUUCAUUUCCAGCAAGUAAUAACUGGAUAGGGAUUAAAUGGAAAAUCGACUCAUUGUCACAAGUCAGUUCAAAUCCAGAAAAGGAAAUUUUGGACUGAAAGAAUUCUAUAAAAGUUACUUAAUGUAAAUGUUCAAAAAAGUAUAUCUCCCUGCUACUAUUAAAUCAAGUGGCUGGGCUAGGCCAUUUCAGACACAUUGCAGUGGGUCUGCAGCUACAUGUUAUGCCAGCCAGGUAAAGAUGGCAGAUUUCCUUCCACAAAAGGACAGUGAACCACAUGAAUUUUUUUUGACAAUUCAUGAUUGUUUAAUGGUCACCAUUAUGGAAUCUAGCUCUAAAUUCAAGAAAUAACAUGCAGAAUUGCAAUCAUAUAAUUUGUGGCCCCAAAGGAUUACAAUCUGGCUUUAAACUACCUGUCCAGUGACACUGACAUUUUACUCUUAAAUGUUGGUUCUUUUUAACCUAAUUAAAGUUUCCAUAAUAAAGUAAACAAAGUUAGCUAUACACUGCUAUUUGUUGUGUUUCACUUCACUGCUCACCAGUUUCCACAAUCCAAAAAUUCUAACUUUGUAAGGUAGCCUCCCAGACUACCAUGGGUUUAUUUUACACAAGAUGCAAAGCCUGACCAAAGACAAUUAACUGAGGAUGCCAAUAGGUGAAACCUCUCCAGUUCUAAACGAAGUGCUGCAAAAGGUUCAUAUAAACAGUCCAUUUAAAUACACAGAGAAUCUGGGCAUAGAAUCCAAACUCUGUUCAGUUUAGCAACUGUCAGCCAACUGUAAGCAUGGGCUACAGUAGGACAAUUAUUGAAAAUGUUUAACGUUUUCAAUUCAAAUAGGCCCCUUUGCUCAAAUUACCCUUGAAAAUAUUCACAAAGUAUACAGGAAUAGUUUUAUUUUAAAAAGAAAGUACUCAUUGCAUUGCAUCAAUUCAACUGCCUGAAUUUAGCAAAUUAUCAAAAGACUCCAUCAUGUUGCCAUUUGACUUGAAUACAUAGUAAUUUGGGAUUUAACUGAAGUACUUCAGCAUCUGCAAAUAGGCAUUUAUUGUUCAAAUUUGUAAGUGCUUUAUAAACCGGCUAGAACCGUGUCACCAAAAUAGGAGGGCAACAGGGUAGUAAUUUCUAUAUGACUGACUAAUUAGUAAAAUGCACCUCAUGGCAGAUGGAUGAAGUGUACCAGGAAUCAGAGAGACAGCAUAUGGCUCCCUUCCCAGUAGUAAGUUAGAAUGAGAAUACAAAUUGCCUUCGAGCACAAGGUGGGAUGUUGGAAUAUAUGCUACAUUAUGUACGAUUGAAAAAUAUGACUAAACAAAUAUUCUUCCUGUUGCAUACAGCAUGCAGCCAAUACUGCAGUGAUUGAAGUUAUGCUUUUACAUGUUUAUACUAACAGAUUUUUCAUGUUUUGAUGCUUUUAUAUUCAAUGCAGUGACGUGCAGGACUAAGGUACAAAAUGUAGAUAUUUAUAGAGAAUGCCUGUAUUAGUUAGGUACUGGACUCUGAUUUUCAAAAAAGUGAACUUCUGUUCAAGAUUUGCAUUAUAUACUGCCUAAGUUGCUAAUUGUGACAUUGAACCUUUUGCACAGCCUUGCAAAAGAAGGCUCGCCAUUGUUUUAUUCCAAAGAGUUCAUGGUUCCUUAAAAUACGAUCACGACAGCCACAGUUCUAAUGAAGUGGUUUUAGUAACACACCAGCAUUAAUGCUGGUUUUAUGGGUUCAUUCCAUGAAUGGAUGCAAGGGAACUCAAAGCCCUUAAGCAGAGUUGAGGUUACAAAAUAUAAAAUGUUACUAAUUCAUUUAAAUUUAAUUCGGUGGAAAUUUUAAUGUUAAAAUUGUCAGAUAAGUUUUACAGACAUUGCUGUACAGAUAACAAAAAAAAUGCUUAUUUCUAUAUACAUUGCAGUUUGGUGCUUCUGUUCUAUUUGGGACCACAUUUGUAAUAGAGCCAAUAAACAGUCAUGUACAAGUCUCCUGUAGAGAUUUUUGCAUUGAAAAUAAACCAUAACAAAGUGAUCUGCAUUCUUCUUCAUA